AUGCGACAAUUAAAUAAGAAAUAGAUGUAUUAUGAACAUUUAUGUGCUGUUCUCGUUGCUGUUGUUCCUGGCGCCCGGCGGUUGCCCCAUCUAUAGCAUCGAUCUGUCGACGCUGGAGGUGCCCAAUGACUUUCAGAACGAGCUGACGCUGCAAUCGAUGCUCAGCUCCGAGUUGCAUCAAUAUCGCAACAAGCUAAAUGCCAAUACCAAUGACGAAGAGGUCUCGUCCAUGCAACAUUUUCAGCAGGCACGCGAUCUGGACGAGGAUCGGGAGCAACAACAGGACGAGGAUCCGUUCGAGCGUGCCGAACUGCUGCGCAGCAUUGAGGAUCGCAUUAAGGCCACAUAUUAUGCGGCUGCCUCGCCCGAGGAGACCAAACAGGGCGAACUCAAUGGCGAUGGGGAGCCAACGUCGCGAGAUCAGACGAAAAUCAAACCCGAAAAUUGCCCCAACGAGGAGGCCACCUUUCUGGGCACCAAUCUCUUUGGUAGCUAUCCAAAGCGUUGCUUCUCCACCGAGGAUAUUGCAUUGUUGUCCGCUCGCAAGGAUUUCGAACUGCUGCUGCCCAAAUCGUAUCCACAGAGUCUCGUCACCGAUGAAGUCAUCCAUACGCUGAUGAAGUACUUCAAUAGCGUUAAUCAUGUCGUGAGAAAGAUGUCCGAUUUGGAGACACGACGUCUGCUGCAAAGGGCCUUCUAUGAUGCAUUGGGUGGAUAUUUGCGUUAUUAUCUGGUGCCGGUGGCACAAGUCUCCUAUUAUGCGGGUCGUCUCAAUCUGUGCACAGUGCAACGUUUGGUGGCAUUGUAUCGCCAAUGUCAACUGGUGCUCAACACCAAUGGCAAUGGCUGGAAAUUGCCCGAAUCCGAUAUCCUAGCUCAGCUGAAGAAUGUGCGCAUCAAACCCAUUCAUCUCAAUGAGUCGAGCUGUGUCGAGAAAGAUGCCUCGAGUUGUGCUCUCUUGGAUCACAACUGUUUGAAUGGUGCCGCCGAUAAUGAUGAGAUGAUGAUUGUGCCGCUGCCGCACUUGGAGCCGGAGGAUAGCUCGAAUUUUUUGACCAACAUAUUUUUGCCAUUUAAAAAUCGGCGCAUUUACAAUCUACGUUCGCCGGAGUCCGCCUUCAUUCUGGUCAAAUUCUUCAAGACGUUGAGCAACUGUUAUCGUUUUCAGGGCAUGAGUCAAAAGAUCUACAAUCAGAAGCUGCGCACCUGGAUUAGAGAGAAUGUCCAGUUGCAUUAUAGGGAUGAGAUGUUCUAUCCUGGCCUGGGUGGCAUUCUACAGAUCUAUGAGGCCCUGAUUCUGCCCAAUAAAAGGAAAUUAACACAUUCGCCGUCGGACGAAGAGGUGCCGGAACAGGAGACCGUGUGCAAAACUGAGAGUAAUGAUUAUGAUUUGUUACCCGAAGACAUGAGUAUGACCGGGAAUAGGGAUCAGGGUCCGAAGCUUGGCCCCAAAGACACUAAAAACAAAGACAAGAACAAGAACAAGGACAAAGACAAGGACAAAGACAAGGACAAAGAUAUGGACAAGCUCAAGGAGAAGAACGAUAAGAAACAAGAAUCCAAAGAAUCCUCGUUGCCACGUAAGCAUAGUCGUUCAGCCAAAGACAAUGAAAACGAAACCGAAGCCGACACUUUGCUAGAUGAGAGUGACAAUAAUCAAGGAGCAGAGGAUGCAAGUCCAGAUAAUAGUGGAAUGUAUGCGGGAUAUGCAGCGGCCAUUUUGGGUAUAAUCUUUUUCCUAUUAUUAUUGAUCAUCUGCUGUUGUCUGUACUGUAGCAAAAAGCAGAAGAAAACGGUCAAAACGGUCGCCAAAUCGACUGAUUCCAAUGAAAAGCAAUACAGUUCGGAGAAAACUGUAAGCGAACCAGCGCCAGUGCCGAAAGUAAUCCCCGAACCGGACAGAAGCUGCUGGAACACUCUGUUCCACAGUCGCAGAGUCAAUAAGAAAUCAACAUUCAGAGCCGAGGCACAAAUGAAAUCUAACAAAUAUGAGAGCACGAAAAGUCCGGGCAUUAGCCUCGUAGGCAGCAAUCCGAGCCAGCGGUUGAGCGGCCCCGUCGGCUUCAAUGAUGUGGAGAAGCUGCUGCCACGCAAAAAAACUGAUGGCAAGUAUGAAAAUGUGUCUGAAGAUACGAUGACAUCGACCUCAUCGCUGGGGUAUCAAUUCAAGAGGAAGUUCAUACCCAUAAGGAUGGGUCGAGAGAAGCGCGAGGAGUACUAUAGAAAAGCCGAGAAAAAUCGAGCACAGGCACUCGGCAAACAACAAUCGACCAGCACGGAACCACGAGAUAAAAACAGAGAUCGGGAACAGAAACAUCAGCAGCAGCCAGCAGAGGGUAGAACAGAUGGGCGACAGCGUGCAAAAGAUCGGGAGUCGGAAGCCAAAGAGCGUGCAAAAGAAAAGAAUAAGAAGGCUGCUAAGCAUAAGAGGCAGGAGGGCGGUCUGUCCCCGAGUCAGGAGAGGGAACGGCACAGGGAGACGGAGGAACAGAACAGAAGUAGAACUAACGCGAGCAGCGAUUGCAGAAUGCAUGAAAAAUAUGUGGCUGGGGAAGGGCAAUGUUCAGGCAAAAACAAUGCAAGUGAAUCAAGCGUUUUGAUCAGCAUAGAACCAAAAGCGCAAACAAUUAAUCGGGUCAAUCCUGCAAGUGUAAUGUGUGAAGAAGAAGUGGAUAGGGAAGGGAAGAAUUCAGAUGUAGGUAAACCAAAUGGCAUCGAAUCAUCAGUUUUGAUAUGCAUAGAACCCGAGUCGCCGAAUGACAAUCAGCAGGCAGUUAAAUCACAGCCCUUAUCCUCAACUGCCUCGUCAAGUGGGGUCUGUGCGACAUCGAAAUCGAGUUGGGUAACCUACGAUGAUGACAGCAAGUGAACAUCAUUUUCCUGUUGAUUUAUUUUAUCAUUUGCA